UGUUUGGGGGCCGAUAAUGGCGUUGUUCGGGUGCUGUCCGUAGAUUUCGUCAGCUGUUAAUUCGGAACAUAAGGCUAAAUAGACAUGUCAGCAUGCACUAAUUGAGAAGCCUGGUCAGUUGUACUUACGGAUUCUAAUAAAAAGGCCAUGGGUGCGCCGGCCUUUAUGAAGGAAUUCCGCGAGUUCAUGAACUUCAACAGCGACGGAGGCCUGUUCGGCGGCAGCACCCAGUCCCGGCUCGGCAGCUGCGAUAGCUGCCUGACCAAGUUCGGGCUGCUCAAGCGGCGCCACGCGUGUGACCAGUGCGGCACCGACUUCUGCGCAGCGUGCGUGCGUGGCCGGCGCUGCCCGCGAUGCCGGGCCCUGGCAGGUGGCCGGCCCGCACUGCUCGCCCUGCGACCGCGGGACCUGCGUGCUCUCCUGCGCGCCCGUGGCUUAGCGCCACCGCUGGGGGCUCGCGAGAAGGUCGAGCUCGUCGAUUUGCUUUUGCUGGAGUCCACUCCCCGUCCAGAUGCCUCCACAGGGAUCAAGGGUGGGUCAACCAGAAUGGCCAGGGCGGUCAGCUUGGACAGAGCACGUAGAAAGCCACGGUAUCCAGAACGACCUGAGCAGCGAGACUCUCCAGAGCGAGCGGAAAGGCAAGGAGAGCGAGUGGAAAUACCAGUACAGCCAGGGCCUACAGCCUAUGCUCCACCACCCCAAUGGGGUGGGCCAUUUCCUGGCAUGUCCUCCGAAGAGCCCAUUCCAGAACCCGCUGAGAGCAGCAGCAGUGACUCUAGAAAUGAUGCGGGAAUGUCACCGCAAUCAUCGGUUCCACGGUACGAGAUGGCUCUUGAGCAUUUUGAAAGCGUCGAUGAGCUGGGCCAGCUCACGGUGAUGCAGAUGAAGCUCAUGCUGACGCGCAACUUCGUCGACUAUCGCGGCUGUUGCGAGAAGGCGGAGCUGCUUGAGAAGUUGAGCUGGCUGUGGCAACAGAAACGCAAGCAUCAAGGAGAUGCACUGUGUGAAGAGGAUAUGUGCAAAAUCUGUAUGGAAGGAUGCGUGGACUGUGUGAUCCUGGACUGUGGCCACAUGUGCACAUGCACGGGAUGUGGAAAACAGUUGAGCGAGUGCCCCAUCUGUCGCCAGUUCGUCGUGCGUGUCGUGCACGUGUUCCGUGCGUGACCCCAGUGCAGACGGAAACGACAUAAAGCACCUGACAAUAUGCUGUGGUUCGGCAGUGAUAUAUGCCGAAGCGCAAGCACUCGCAAGGACACUAACAGCAGAGUCAUCAUUUCUGAAAGGGACAAACUUUCUCGUUGAUCAAAAUUUUAAUUCAAGUUGGUGUUGGAACUGCACAAGUUGUUACUGCCCAGGAGGUAGACCUCCUGAUAGCAGUUAUAAUUCUACCCAUGAUUAAUGUUAGUUUUCAUUCAGACAAACAGCAGCAGUGCUUUAAAUGCAUUUCUUGAUGACAACGAGGGCAGGCACACCAUCACUCUCUAUGCUAUCAGGCAGUAGAAGCUGGUUGCGUAGCCACAUUUCUGUGGGCUACCAUCCUAUUCUCCCAUUCAAUUACACAGCUCUAAGGUGUUUUCACUUGUUUCAUUGGUUGCCUCUUCUGGUCGGCCAGCCAGUGAUUGUGGUGGCAAAUCAGCACUCUGGAAUGGUGAAUGCAGACUGUGCACCCUUAUGUACAUGCUCUUGGUGCCUAUGCUCUUGGUGCUGUGCUACUGCUUUCCUUGAUUUUAUUGUGAUUUUGUGCAAUAUGAAGAGGAAUGCCUAAGGUAAAUAAGUAAAAACAAGUGAAAUGUUCUUUUACUGUGUGGAUGCUUCGCUUUAUUUUGUGACUUGCAUUGCUGUCUACCUGGCAAGACACAAGUCAGCCAUUCUAGUGUGUUCAGUUACUGGAAACUGCAGAGUUUUUCACUCUGUUACUAUUUGCAGUCUGCUGGAGUCAUUAAGCAUGCAUGGAAUGGUAAUGAUGGCUAGGUUUUACUAUCCUAGCCUUUGUGAUUUUGUGGUUCAGUAACAUAAAAUGUGACAGGCAAGAUGUCUUUAGCGAGUGUAAUUAUGGUAAUUGAAAGUAUGCAUUAAUGCAUGUGUGUAAAGAAGUAAUAUUUCCGAUUACCCAUUUGCUUUGUAAAGAGAUGCUGAAGCUGCUUAGCAUAAUGGAAUGCCUUCGGGUAUUUAGCCAUUUUUUUAUUUGCACUCAAGUAUAGUUCCUUUUGAGGUUUGUUUGUUUGUCUGCUGCAGUUGCCCAUAAGACUGCAAAUUUAUAUAUAGCUGAAAUACUGUAAAGUUACAAAGAGCUUAUUUUUGUGUUGAUUCUUCCUUUUCAUUGUUUGUCAAGUGAUAAUUGACUUUCACUUGAACUUUUUGCAGACAUGUCUUCAUUUGAAUAUUUACUGCACCUAGAGACACGGAAUCAUGGCAUAAACAGUGUUGAUUUAUCUGAAGCA